UCAUGGGACAACGCGUGAGGACCGAAAACGCUACGCGCCGCCGGCGCAGAGGGCGUCCCCACCCGUUCCAGAGGGCGCUGGCGGUGCUGGUGCUGCCGGUGACACUCUGGGCCGCCGCCGCCGCCGCCGCCAAGCCAUCGCUGCGGAGACACGUCGGCUGGCAAGACCAGUUGCAGUUUUGGCAUAUGACGGCCGUCGACUGGUCGCCGCCGGCUGCUGCUGUGUAUGCCAGCUGGCCAGCCGACUCCGCCUGCCACUGUCGCCACCUGUGCCUGGUGGACCGCGGCUGCGCCGCCGCCGAGCUGGUGCCGGCCGGCGGCGGGCUCCACUGCCGGCUGGCCUCGCGCCGCGGCGGCAGCACCGCCGCCUCUACCGCGCUGGCCGCCUUCGUCAGGAACGGCCGCGCCGCGCUCGGCGAGCACUGCCUGAGUGCCGACGAGUGCUGGCGGGGCGAGCUGGGCGCCUCCUGCCAGCAGGGUGUCUGCGCCUGCGCCUCGCCGCAGCUGACCACGCUCGGCUGCUGCGUCAUCGACGGCUGCAGCCGGCUCCUGGAUCGAGGCAUUAACUCCAGCGGACCGUACGUCAUGACCAUGCGGGGAAUGUCGUCUGCGUGGCGGCGUGGCGACGACACGGAGCAGCUUGACUUCUACCGCGACUGGCAGAGCUACCGCGACGGCUUCGGCAACGUAUCCGGCCAGUUCUGGCUCGGCAACGAACUGCUCCACCGCCUCACUUAUGGCGAGCCACAGGAGCUGCGAAUCGAACUGGAGGACUUUGACGGCGACAAGACGAUUCACCCGAGGGGGCGCACUGGUACCCAGCGCAGCGACCCGGGCUGGGGCGCUCUCCUGACCCACGGAGAUGCGCAGGUAUCCGGCGCACCCGCCUAG